AAACAUCAAUGAGAUUUUUAUAGGUUAGUUUUCCUAACCUCACUUAACCUAACAAAAAUUCUUUAAAAAAAUGUCAUUAUUAACAAAAAGCGCAUUCGAGAUCAUUUUUCCCAGUAUUUUCUCAAAAACAAUCACACCGUCAAUUUUUGUCACUCAAACUAGGAAUUAUGCAGCUAGAAAGGGUUACAGGGAGCAAAAGGCUAAGUCAAAAGUAAAAGUUGAGGUGACAAAAUCAAAGUUUCAAGUUAAAAAGAAGGAAAAUUUACCACAAAAAGGUUCAACACGCAAAUUUGACGAUUCAUGGAAAAAGUUAGCCUCAGAUAAUGUUUACCCUCAAAAAUAUUAUCAAUGGCCUGUUUAUAAUUUCGAAGAUGCAAUUAAAGCCCAUCGUGAAACUCAUCACCCCCAAUUAUACAACCAACCAAAUGCUUAUGUUCAUGUUACUGUUGAUUUGAAUAUGGCUGGGGAGAAAAAGAACAAAUUCUUAGAGAAUUUUACAAGGGUAGCAUUUGCUCCUCAUAAAUUUGAACAUGGGGAAGAAAGAACAAUUAUUGCUUUCACCAAGUUACCAGAAACAAUUCCCCAAUUAAAAGAAGCCGGUGCUUUACAUGCUGGUGGUGUUGAGUUAAUUAAACAAAUUCAAAAUGGUGCAAUUAACAUACAAGAUUUUCAAUACGUCAUCGCCCAUCCAAAUAUUUUACCAGAACUAACUGUUUUGAGGGGGUUAAUGAAGAAAAAAUUCCCUCAAACUAGAAGUGGAAAUUUAGAGGUUGAUUUAGUAAACACCACUUUAAAAUUUUAUCAUGGGAUUAAUUACACUGGAGUUAAAGAUGAGUAUGAGAAGGAUUUUGGUACAAUUGAUACAAGAAUUGGAACGCUGAACAUGGAACCUUCUGAAUUAGAAGAGAAUUUUUCUUAUUUUAUUAAUGAUGUGUAUCAACAAAGGCCUAAAAGAGCUGGUGGGUUUAUAAUGAGAACUGUAUUAUGGAGUCCUCCAUCUGGGGAAAAAUUUAAAAUCGAUUAUAAUCUUUAUCUUAAAUCAACUGAGGAGACCAAUAAAAGUAAUGAUGAGGUUGAUGUGAAUGAAGGUGAAGAGGUUGUUGAGGAGAAAGAACGUGUUGUUGCUGGUUAAAAUAGUUUUUAAGAAAAUUAAAUAGAGAAAUAAAUAAAAAUGCCAAAUUAUUUUGAA